AUGGAUCAUUCGAGUUCUUUUAAUCAAGGCGGAGCGGCCACAACAAUCGGCGCCGUGCAUACGGAUGUGAUAGAGAGUCACGUAUUAACGAAAUUCGAUGGCGCAUCGCUGGCCUGCGCAGCGUCGGCUUCUCACAUGUUACGCAAUCUUUGCAACAAAGAAAAUUUGUGGAGAGAUAUUUGUGACUUGACGUGGGAUUCUAUCAAACACCCUCUUGUUCGAAAGACGAUCUCCACGUUCCCCGGUGGCUACCGCUCUUUUUUCUCCGAUGCAUUUCCUGUAAUCCGACCUGACCAAACCAAACGUACUCAGGGUACCCCGUUUUCUGAAGGCGACAUGCCGGAACUAAUUUCAGCCGUUGAUAUACACUACGGGGAUGAACUAAUUUUUUCUAAAGUAGUGGUUACGAACACGGGUGACAAGAGCUUUCGGCAUUUCUCGUUUUGGGUGGACAUGCUUGAGAACAAAGAAACCGUGAAGAUUCCGUUAAAAUUCGAGAGUGAUGAAGAUAAGUGCAUAUUGCUAGAGCUUCAAGAAAACCUAAAAUUGAGUUGGAUUGUUAUUGAUCCGACUCGAAAACGCGCGGUAAACGUGUCGAGUUUCGGGCCGGUGUCUGUCCAACCAUAUUGGAAUGGAUAUGACAUACAAGUAAUUUUUGCGACAAUUCUUUCGGGAGAUAAUUCGUCGGAGCUUGUCGAAUGUAGAAUUGUGGCGACAUUCGGUUGUAAAGAAGGAAAAUAUGUUAAAUUCAGGGAGCUCAAUAUGUACAUGGAGGACAUGCAUAUGAGGCGUUUGAGUGGAGAAAAGUCUCUCAAAAUUUUGGAGGAAGCCAUGGAGAGAGGUGAAAGAAAGAAAGCAAAUGGAGGAGAAAUGAAAGAGACGUAUGAAAAAUAUUUGGAAUUAAAAAGAAAGAAAAUUGAAGGAAAAAAGAGGACCGAAAGGACGCUGAACAUGGUGUAUAGACUUUCAUGGGUUGCUUAUUUCUUUGCUUUUGUCUUCUUAAUCGUCAGCCUAAAUGUUUUUCCCAAUUAG